CACAACGGCCCAAAACAGCAGCACCAUUAUAAUCCCCGCACCCCCACAAAACCCUAGCUCAUCGUCUAUAUCACUCGAAUAAGAGAGUUGCAGCAAGCAGCACCCGCGCCGCCACCGCCACCGCCACCGGAGCCAUGGGUAUCGAUUUAGUCGCCGGAGGUAAGAGCAAGAAGACCAAGCGCACUGCACCUAAGUCCAAUGAUAUCUACCUCAAACUCCUCGUCAAGCUGUACCGGUUUCUGGUGAGGAGGACGGGGAGCAAGUUCAAUGCCGUGAUUCUGAAGAGGUUGUUCAUGAGCAGGGUCAACAGGCCCCCUCUGUCACUCUCGCGUCUCGCUGCUCUCAUGAAGGGAAAGGAAAACCAAAUUGCUGUGUUGGUUGGGACCGUGACUGAUGAUAUUCGGGUCAAUGAGGUCCCUGCCAUGAAGGUUACUGCACUCAGAUUCACUGAGACAGCUAGGGCUAGAAUUGAGAAGGCUGGAGGAGAAUGUUUGACUUUUGACCAGCUUGCUCUCAGGGCUCCUCUUGGACAGAACACGGUGCUAUUGAGGGGUUCACGUAAUGCCCGUGAAGCUGUGAAGCACUUUGGGCCAGCUCCUGGCGUGCCACACAGCCACACCAAGCCAUACGUUCGAGCAAAAGGAAGGAAAUUUGAGCGGGCCAGAGGAAGAAGAAAUAGUCGCGGUUUUAGAGUUUAAAGUCAUUUUUAGUUUCUAUGUCGAAGUUUGAUUAUUCUAUGUUUGUUGAGUUUCUUUAUGAGAUAUUGUAUCCCUUAGUAAUGAACUGGCUUGUGUUUCAAAUGCUGUUGGAUACUUUUGAACUGUUGUUUUGGGUACCAUGAUAAGAUUUUGGAUGGAUUUUAUUUAAUUGGAAUCACCUUGAACUCAGGGUUUUGUCUAUUGAUAGCAUUGUUUUUAAUAUCCA